CUCGUUUCUCUGAGUCGUUAAGUCCGCGAGGGCAGACAUUUUGAGCCCUGACUGCUCACUCCCUUACCUUAAGUCCGCAUCUCCGCAGAAACACAACAGCAUGACCGAGGAAAAGACUACGAGCCGAAAGAAGUUCACCUGGAGCGACCAACAAACGCUCAGGUUAAUUGACCUCCGUCUGGAGCGUGAGACCCUAUUCACGGGUCACAGGAAUGCAUCUUCCCACGGUUUUGAGUAGUGUCAUCAUUACAGAGAUGGGCCUUGUAGGCGCUAUAACAGCCAAUCAAGCUGCAAAGAAGUGGGAAAAUCUGAAGAAAAAGUACAGGGAUCUGAUCUUGGCAAAGACAGAGGAUGGAGAGGUCAAAGCAGCAAACUGGCCUUUCUAUGAGGCCAUGCACAGAGCCCUGGGGCCGAGGGACUCCAGCAGGCCUUUCAAUAUUAUUGCCUCUGCAAUGGACUGGAGUGAAGAAGCGCCUUAUGAGGGCCCUGACGAGGGCCUUGAUGAGGGCCCUGAUGAGGGCCCUAGUUCCUCUGCACCAGGGCCUGAUGAGGACCCUGGUUCCCCUGCUCCAGGGCAGUCACACUCUGGAGGGAAGAAACCCAGAAAAAGGAAAAAUGAAGUUUUGACCUUUCUACUGGACUACGGUGACAGACAAGAAAAGAGGCUGAGGGAGCUGGAUGAAAAGGAGGAGGAGAGGGAAAAGAGGAGGGAUGAACAGUUAUCCAGGUUAAUUGACAUUUUUGGGAAGAUGGUGGACAAGAUGUAGUUUUCCUCAUCAUUUUUUUUUAUUUAUAAUUUGAGGUUCAAUUUCUUUUGUUUUCAUUUUAUAUUAGACAAAUCCUCAGUUGACCUGCUGUUUAAUAAACC